AUGAAUGAUGAUGUAGAAAAACAAAAUAUUAAUAAUAACAAUAAUUGCAGCAAUAAAUUAGUUAGUUCAAACAACAUAAAAAUGUUAAUCAUUCCUAAUGGACCAAAAAAAGCACCUAAAGCUCUAAUCGAGGAAAUUGAAGAUGAAGAAGAUUUAAAACAACCAAAAAUAUUGCCAAACAAAGUUCUAAACUCUUUUGAAUGUAAUUGUGCUGAAGGGACGCAAUCUACUUCUUUUUCUUACUUUCCUUCGAAUUCUUCUGGAUUAAAUUGUUCCUCACACCAAACAAACUCGCCUUGUAGCAUUGAUUCUGCUCCUAUUGCUAGUAAUGCAGCAUCAGCAGCUCCAUUAAUUAUUACACACCAAAACUGUUUACCACAAACUCUUCUAUUUGUUCCUGAACAAGAACGUCGAACCUCUACAAUUUCUGAGCAUUCAAUUCAUUCAUGUCCGACCGAAAUUUUUAGCAACAAAGAUUAUGUUGAAAUUAAGGAGGAAAAGAGUGAUGAAUGCUACCCAUUAAUUAACAAUAUUGAUAUAUCCAUUAAAGGAGCUGUGGAAGGAGGAAUUGAUAAGGAAGAAGUUAAUACGGGUGAAGAGGCAACAGAUGAAUUCGAUCUUCUUAUUCAUUCUCAUUCAAAUUCAACAGCAAUUCAAAGUAGAAAUCCUUCACCGGGUACACAGACCCUCGGGAACUGUAAAUUUGUUUUUGGACAAAAUCAGCAACAAUUAUUUGUUAAUAACAGUGACAAACUUGUUUUCAACCCAGGAUUUGGUUAUAAUAACUUUGGAAUAUUUUAUCAAUUUUUGUUUUACAGGGACUUCAUUAAGUGA